AAUCCUCCUACAGAGGCAUUCGUGCGCGCACGCCGAUCCGACAACACGCGCGCGAAUUAAAUUUGAAUUUUUUUGAAUUGAAUUCGUAAAUUCAAAAAUGCCGUUCGUAAGCUUUUACGGAACUUUACAUAAAAUUUAACGUCUACAUUAUUUCGUUUUUGUUAAACUGUGGACCGUGUUUGCGUUUUCAGUUAGCGCACUCCUGUAAAUUCGCCGCCUGAAUUUGUUUGUUUUCAGUGAAAGUGACUGGACUGUGACAUUUGAAACCGAUAGUAUUCGUAAUUGAGGCACCGCGGAUGCGGGUCGUCUUCGAGUGAUUUAAGACGUUGAAUUGUUUUGGGAAAUUGGUGAAGUGUCUGUGGAUUUUAAUUAAGGAGUCCAUCGGCUGCGAUUAGCUUAUUUUAAUCUAGCGCCAAAGAUACUAUAAAGAUGAACCAAAAGUGCAAAGUGUGCGGGGAGCCGGCAGCAGGCUUCCAUUUCGGGGCCUUCACAUGUGAGGGUUGUAAGAGCUUCUUCGGGCGAUCGUACAACAACCUCGGCUCCAUCACGGAAUGCAAAAAUAACGGCGAGUGUGUCAUCAACAAGAAGAACAGGACGGCUUGCAAGGCCUGCCGGCUCCGCAAGUGCCUCCUCGUCGGCAUGUCCAAGUCCGGCUCCAGAUACGGUAGGAGAUCCAAUUGGUUCAAGAUCCAUUGCCUCCUUCAAGAGCAGCAACAAGCUGCGCAAUCCAGAUCGCCCCCCAGAGUGCCACAAUCACCCCACCAUUUAGCCCCGCCAUUCCCUCCUCACCUAUUUCCCGGAUUAGCCAGACCGAGGACAAAAGAAGAAUUGGCUCUACUAGGCCUGGAUGAAUACAAGCCGCCCUGCUCCGGUAGUCCCGAUUCUCAUCGCAGUGGCUCUUCUCCCAAAUUAGACGACAAAAAUAGAAUAACGCAUAGACAAGAAAGACCACUCACGCCUCCCCGGGACACAUUCAUCCCCAUGCCGUUAGCCAACAUGUCCUUGCCCCACUUUCCCCACUCGCCGUUCCUCACGCCGCCACCUUUCAGCCCGUUCGCGGCUAACCAUCCGCUGCUGUUCCCUCCAGGUUUCCACCCAUUGUACUCGAGGCAUCUGCUUGACCACGCAGCUUUGAGACAAGCUGCGGAAAACAAUAAUGAUGUCAGAAUUGACGACCACAACGCUGAUUCAUCUAAGCGUUUCUUCUUGGAUGAAAUCCUGAAACAACAGCGGUCAGUGCAGCCGCCUCCUCAAGAAGAAGUGAUUCCUGAAGCAGAGUUUGUGCCUACGCCUCCGGCUGAGCGGAGAACAAGCGAAUCUCCUUUACAGGAAAACCCAAUGGACUUGUCCGUGAAAUCUGAUGGGCGGUCAAGCUCAGCGAGGCGAAGAUCGGACGAUAGCGAAGUGAUAGCUCACGAUCACGAUGACAACCACUCCGGCAGCGGCGCAGGCUCAGCCAGCGAGGACGAUGAUGUCACGUUCCCCGAAAUCAACAGGAUUAAACUCCACCCUCUGGACCUUACCACCAAAGUCUGAUUCGAAGGGUUCACCCUUUAGUGCCGUCGAAACCUUUAAUAGUGUCAGUGAAUAAUUAAAGGCCAGUAAAUCGGAUUGUGAUUUUAAAGAUAAGUAGGACCAGACUUACGGCAGUUGUUUUGUGAAAUUGUUAUCGCUUGAAAGAGUCUAUCCAAAUACGUAAUUUAAGUAGCAAGUAAUUAAAAUGUUAUUGGUACUCGAACGGUAUGUACAAAACGAAUGUAAAUAAUAAAUUAUUUUGUAAACUAAGCUUAGAAUACUAGUUGGUUUUAAUAAUGUAAAUGGAGACAGCUCCAUUAUUUUUGUAAAAAGGAAAUUCUUACGUAUGUUUUUGGAUAAUUCGAAUAUAAUUUAUUCAAUUGUAGUAGAAUUUGGAGUGUUUUUUGUGAGUUUGAAGACUUCGGGUGCAUUGUGAGCUAUCCUAUCUGUACUUUUAAGUUUUUUUAAUCAAUUUUAAAUAUUAUUUGUACAACUAUACAUUCCAAUUGCUGUGCUAAAAAUUCUAUACUCUUAACCCUUAGACUUCAGUCUGAGGCAGUAUCGAUUUGUAAACAUUAACGCGACCCAAUGACGCGUGUGGUCUAAAUGACUUAGGUGUUAAAAGGGUUAAAACAAUACAAAUUUAUUUAUGCCGGUGGCAGAUCGAUGUAAUCGAAUUGUAGACUUGAAAUUAGUACGUAAUUAUAUUAGUUAAUAUUUUCGUCACCGGCCAAAAUAACUUUGUAAUGUUUUAGAACAAUACAUUCCUGUAUUUGCUCAAUAUUACGUGCGAAGCUUCGAUAAUGUACUCAAAUGUAGUGAAAUUAGUCACAAGACGCAUACUCAUAUAUAAUACUGUUGUGAGACAAUAGGUUUGUUUGUUUGUUUGUAAAUAUAAUUGUAGUUAGCGUGUUUUAAUAAUGAGAUGUAGCGGAGCGUACAAAAUAAAAUAUUGAUGCACUCGAAA